GCCACCCAGCGGCAGCCAUUUCCAACGAGCUGGCGGGAGCGAAAGAUGGCGACGCCCGUUGGGUGGUCGCAGGGGGGGUCAGGGUCGGUGUGUCUCGCCUUCGAUCAACUGCGGGACGUUAUUGAGUCUCAGGAGGAUCUGAUCCACCAACUGAGGAACGUGAUGGUUCUCCAGGAUGAAAAUUUUGUCAGUAAAGAAGAGUUCCAGGCAGUGGAGAAGGAGCUGGUGGAAGAGAAAGCUGCCCAUGCUAAGACCAAGGUCCUCCUGGCCAAGGAAGAGGAGAAAUUGCAGUUUGCCCUUGGAGAGGUGGAGGUGCUAUCUAAACAGCUGGAGAAAGAGAAGAUGGCCUUUGAAAACGCGCUCUCCACUGUCAAGAGCAGAGCCCUACGAGAUUCCAGCAAGAAGGACCAGCUCAUCACCAAAUGCAAUGAAAUUGAGUCUCACAUUAUAAAGCAAGAAGAUAUACUUAAUGGCAAAGAGAAUGAGAUUAAGGAAUUGCAGCAAGUUAUCAGCCAGCAGAAACAGAUCUUCAGCCGGCUCCGUUGCAGGAAUCACAUGUCUGACUUCCGGAUCCAGAAGCAGCAGGAGAACUACAUGGCCCAGGUGCUGGACCAGAAGCAUAAGAAAGCCUCGGGGACGCGUCAGGCCCGGAGCCACCAGAGUCCCAGAGAAAAAUAAAAUGGUUAUCGCCUUUCUGUUCUCUGGCUGUAAUGCCCGACCUCUGCCUUCUCUGCUGUGGGGGUCCUCAUCCCGAUCC